UCUUGAUACUAAAUGAAGUAGAUCGGUGCACCAUCGGCGGCUCCUUCUGAUCUUCCAUGCCGGACACUGACAAAAAAAUGAUUGGGCUUUGUGUUUAAAAAGGAUAAGGGGUCUGUUUCAGAAUGUACACAGAAAAGGAGGGUCUGAGACUGGGUCUGUGUGGCUGGGUGAAGAACACCAACAAGGGCACUGUGGUCGGCCAGGUUCAGGGGCCUGCAGACAUGAUCUGUGAGAUGAAGGUGUGGCUGAGUAAGGAGGGGAGUCCCAGCUGUCGCAUCACCCGAGCCUCGUUCUCCAAUGAGAGAUCCAUUGACAAGGUGGAGCUCUUUGGCUUCAAGACACGCUUCUGAGGAACUCCCUUCAUCCAACGCCACUCUAACCACACCCUCUCCCGCACUUUUACCACAUCAAUGUCACCUACUGUCUCUGUGGGUACCACCUUAUGUUUCUAAAUGCAUUGUUUCGUUCCCAACCUUUCUGAAAAAUACAUAAAUAAAUGUCAAGAUUUUUUGAGAUGUCUAAAUCUAUUAUGCAGACAGUUUGAAAUUGUGUGACAUUUUUUUAAGUAGAAGCUAAUCCAAAUAGUUGCUCAUCCAAAAGUUGUUGUCUUUUUCUCAUAAAUGCAUUCCCCGUCUGAACAUUUUGAAUGUUACAUUCAGGCUGGCAGAGCAGCAUAUAUUGUCAGGCAGCUAUGUUGCCUAUGUGCUUUGCAGAUUCUCAAUGCUUUUCUUCUGAACAUGUAAUGCAAUAAAUAAAACCAUUCAAGCUCGAUGUUAUUAGAAUUCAAUACAAAUGCACUAUUAAAUAGUUAA